AUGCAAAGAUUAGAAAGCGAAAAAGGAGAACCAAUGCUUGGUUAUGAAGGUUACAUUUACACCAAAGAACGUAAAACGGAAGAAAAAAUUAUCUUUAGAUGUCAAAAUCGCCUGUGUAAAGGUCGUUGUCAUACUGAUCCAUCUAUGACCAUCUUCAUAAAAAAACCAAGCGCACAUUGCCAUGGACCAUCUAUUGAUCAAAUUCCAGUCAUCGAAUUGAAAAACAAAAUUAAAGCUCGAGCUGUUAUCAGCGAAGGGCCAACAAAUGCAGCUGCUCCAUUACCUAAAAUGGCAACACUUCAAAGAACAAUCCGUCGACAACGUGAAGCACCAACAACAAUGGACAACCGAAUAUCUGACGAAUUGAAGAAAACACACCGUGGCGACAAUUUUAUUUUACACGAAGACGAUAAAUUAAUUAUUUAUACCACGAGCUCGAACUUAUCAGUAUUGAAGAUAUGCAAACAUUGGUUUGCGGAUGGAACUUUUAAAGUUUGUCCGGACGAUUUUUAUCAAUUAUUUACAUUACAUGGUUUAUUAAAAUCGCAAGUUGUUCCAUUGGUUUAUGGACUACUUAUAGGAAAGAGCGCAUCUGAUUAUAGUCAAUUCUUUAAACGUAUUAUGGAAGAAGAAGACUUUAAUCCAGAUUCAAUAUUGACUGACUUCGAGUCUGCUACAAUAAAUUCAAUUAAAUCAUUAUUUCCAAAUGUCUCACAUAAAGGUAAAAGUAAUAUGAAAAAUGAACAGUGA